AUGUCUUAUACAAUUGUUGAAACUUUAAGAGAAUUUUGGUAUAAAUGGCGUUCAUCACGUGUACUUAUUUUAUUUAUUGUCUUUGUUGCUUUAUUUCUUGAUAAUAUGCUCUUAACUACAGUCGUACCUAUUAUUCCUGAUUAUCUUUAUCGUCUUCAACAUCCAAAAGGAACAAUCGAUGAUACAUAUAAAUUUUUAGCUAAAAAUUGUUCAAAUAGAGAAAUUUUUCGAAAUCGAAAUUAUUUUGUUCGACAUCCAUCUGAAUUUCGAGCUGUACUUGCUACAACAUGUGAUUGGAGUGUUAGUUGGGCUAUGAAUAAAACAGAAAUCGAAAAUAAACAACGAACAAUCAGUUUAGAACGUGAAAAUCGAUGGAUUGGAGUGAUGUUUGCAUCAAAAGCUUUUGUUCAAUUAAUAGUAAAUCCAUUUGUUGGACCAUUAACAAAUCGAAUUGGUUAUAGUAUUCCAAUGUUUUCAGGAUUUGUUAUCAUGUUUGUAUCAACUCUUACAUUUGCUUUAAGUAAAAGUUUUGGUCUAUUAUUUCUUGCUCGAGCAAUACAAGGUGUUGGAUCUGCUUGUUCUAGUGUAUCAGGUCUUGGAAUGUUGGCUGAUCGUUAUCCGGAUGAUGAAGAACGAGGUAAAGCAAUGGGAACUGCAUUAGGUGGAUUGGCACUUGGUGUUUUAGUUGGUCCACCAUUUGGAGGAUUUAUGUAUGAAUUUGUAGGCAAAGCAUCACCAUUUUUAGUUUUAGCAGCGUUAGGUUUAUUCGAUGGCUUAUUACAAUUAACAGUAUUACAACCUGCUGUAUCCAGUGAACCGGUAGAAGGCGCUUCACUUCGAACACUUAUUAAAGAUCCAUAUAUUCUUCUUGCAGCUGGUGCAAUUUCAUUUGGUAAUGUUGGUAUUGCAAUGUUAGAACCUUCAUUACCAAUCUGGAUGAUGUCAACAAUGGGUGCAAGUGAAUUUCAACAAGGAGCUGCAUUUUUACCUGCUUCUAUUUCGUAUUUAAUUGGCACAAAUUUAUUUGGUCCAAUGGCUCAUAGAAUAGGAAGAUGGUUAUGUUGUAUGAUUGGUAUGUUUCUUAUAUCGGUUGCUUUAGUUGGUGUACCAAUGGCUAAAAGUAUUUAUGGUUUAAUUAUUCCAAAUGGUAUUCUGGGUUUUGCUAUUGGUAUGGUUGAUUCAUCAAUGAUGCCAACAAUGGGUUAUUUAGUUGAUAUUCGUCAUGCAUCCGUUUAUGGUAGUGUUUAUGCUAUUGCUGAUGUUGCAUUUUGUCUUGGUUUUGCCAUAGGUCCGGCUGCAAGUGGUUUUAUAGUACAAGCAGUUGGUUUUCGUGGUAUGCUCUAUAUUAUUUCAUUUAUUGGUUUUUGCUAUGCGCCAUUGAUGUUUUAUCUACGAAAUCCACCAGCAAAAGGUGAAAAAAUGUCAUUAAUUAUGAAUGAAAAUCAUAAUGCAUUUUCUUAUACACGCAGCAAAUCUCUUGACAAUGAAAAUGGUUAUUGA